UCGUGUUGUUAACAUUCCCAUAAGGAGAGAGUGGUCUCGUUAUUUACAGGAAUAUUCUUUGAGGCUAAACGGCACUUUCUGAGAGUAGUAUAAGAGCAGGGAGUCUACCACUGUCUCAUCAAUGAAUUUCAGACAGGCCCUUGUGGUGCUGAUGGUAUCUUUAGAAUUGGUGGUUUAUCAUCAGGUGUUUUCUUUUCGAGUCGGUCGUCAAACUCGGCUCGGGAAAUACACUAGACCUAAAGAUCCUAUCGUAUCCAGCUCGCAUGAUUUAUCGACUGCUCCCAUACAGCCAAUAUUUUUGACACUGAAUGUAGUUGUUGGUGCGAGUUGCUAUGGAUACCACGGAGAUGACACGCAACAUUAUGUCAUGGAAAUGAUGAAUGUGGCUGCAAGUUUAUGGCACAGUCAAUCAAUGAGUGUGAAAGUCAAACUGUUAGUCGGCAGAUUCAACGUCAUGAAAGAAAACGAGGACAAUUUGGAGGCUACAGAUAACGCCAAUGUGUUAUUGAGGAAGUUCUGCGAGUGGCAACAACAAUCGACAGACGUUGUAAACCAUCUUGACGUUUCGAUUCUGAUCACAAGACGUGAUAUUCACAUAGGUGGAAACUACGAUGCAACGGGAAUCGCUUAUAAUAAAGGUGCUUGUGAUUCAAGGUAUCACUGCGCAUUGUGUGAAGAUAAGAGUCCAAUGGUCCUAUCACACACCAUAGCACAUGAACUUGGGCACAUCCUGGGUAUUCGGCAUGAUGGUGACCGUAAUGAAUGUCCUGAUCGGGUUUUUAUCAUGAGUGGUUACGCCACUGAGGGACAUCGGACCUUCGUCUGGUCGCAAUGCAGUCGCCAAGCAGUGAGGCAGUUUCUUAGCUCAAAUCGUGCCAGUUGCUUGAAGAAUCAGAGCUCAUCAUUCCAAGGUUUCCCAGGUCAUAUGCCCCUGGCCCUGGACAUCAACGCGACGCCCGGCCGUAUCUACGACUCGGACUACCAAUGCAAGAUGCUCUAUGGGCCACUGGCUACCACAUGCAGUGACUGGAAUAUACAGAUGAUGUGCAGAAAACUUAAAUGUUUUGUACGAGAAAGAGGGUCUUCAUGUUUAACCGACGGGAGGCCGGCGCUUCAAGGAACUCGGUGUGGACCAUUGAUGUGGUGUUCUAGAGGGUUCUGCGUUCCUUGGUUGCCACAACAAACUAACGGACAAGAAGAGUCUAAGACAGGUCCAAGCAAACCGGACACCCCGAUGCACUCGCGCUGCUCAGAGCUCGAAUGUACUACGUUUCCUUAUAUGGACACACAAGCACCAACAACACAACUGCACAACCGCCAAACUUUAUAAAACUGUCAAAAGUAAUACAUUCUUCAGAAAAAAAUAAUAAAAUCUUAUUAUUUGAAAUAAUAAAAACCCUGAUUAAAAAAAGUUAUGAUUCUACUUUGAAUAAAAAACACACACAAAAUUCAGCUUUGAAAAAAUAAAUAAAUUACACAAACGCCUCAAGAGUUUGUUGACCAUUUGAGGGCGCUGCAUUGAGCCAAGUUUUGCGCACGUGCAGUCGGUGUCCAGCUGCUGUAAACCCAACCUCCAGUCGUCUGCUCGCCACUGAGUGUCUUCAGAUGGAAGUCACUAUUAAACUGCAAAAAACACAUGCUGCAUUACAUGGUGUGGUCUAUCACUCAUACCUGCGUCUCAACUCUCGCAAGAAUGUUGAAGGUCGUCAUGAGGUCGUCAGCCAGAAAGACCUAGGACCACUGAUUGACAGAGCAUGUGCCAAGUGCGGUCACGAUGGAC